UGCACGAGGUUGUCUGCUUUCCACCCACAAAUCCCUCUUCACUCGUCCACCAAGUGCCGAUGAUGACAAAGAGCCGAAGCUGCACGAUCGUUCCUCAAGCCAAAUCGCCGGUCUGAGACCACCGAUGGUAAAAUUGCCUCCACAUAGGGUAGAAAGAGCGAGCAUGUAAAGUCACAAAGGCGCGUUUUGUGUUUGCUACAGAUUUCGUUUGGGUUAUUUGUUACCUCGCGCCCCUCCACCCACAUCUCGCGCUCCGUCUGAUGCUUAUCAUAUGAUGCUCAUUUCUGCCAGUUAAGCGUGUUCUCAUCGCUCCCAGUCUUUAUCUGUUCUUUGUGCUAUUUUGGAAUUAUUGACACCCGAAACGAAGGUGUGGCAGAUCCGGAGAGAUUCGGAACCGCAGCGGGCUGUAGCCCUACCUGCUUAGGACGUUUCGGUUAGGAAAAUUCAACCAGACCACCGGCGGAGAUCCGGUAUGAUCAGCAGCAAUCUGAAAGCAUCGACGCUCGGAAGCGUUUUAUGACAGAAACCGUGAAGCAAGAACGACGAGCGCGCUGGACCACACAGGGGACUCCGCUUUCUCCCGACGCCUCGCGGGGCCCAAGCCGUGCCUCAAGCGCGAGAGCAUGGGUCGGUGCGACGGGAGGUGUACGCUGGCGGUCAUCUGCUGCCUGCAGCUGGUUGCUGCAUUACAGAGGCAGGUGUUUGACUUUCUGGGAUAUCAGUGGGCUCCCAUCCUUGCCAAUUUCCUCCAUAUCAUGGCUGUCAUUUUGGGAGUGUUUGGAACUGUGCAAGUCCGCUCAAGAUAUCUUAUACUGUAUGCUGUGUGGCUUGUUGUCUGGGUUGGCUGGAACUCUUUCAUCAUUUGUUUUUAUCUGGAAGUUGGCCACCUGUCACAGGAUCGUGAUUUCUUGAUGACAUUUAACACUUCACUUCAUCGUUCCUGGUGGAUGGAGAAUGGACCUGGUUGCUUAGUUACAACAGUGCCUGACUCAUCAUUGGCUCCUCAGGAUCAUCAUGUGAUCACUGUCAGUGGCUGCCUGCUGGACUACCAAUACAUAGAGGUGGUCAGCUCAGCCUUGCAAGUGUUCCUUGCACUCUUUGGAUUUGUCUAUGCCUGCUAUGUUAGUAAAGUCUUCCUGGAUGAUGAGGACAGCUUCGAUUUCAUUGGUGGAUUUGACACUUAUGGUUACCAGCCUCCACAAAAGAGUUCUCACUUACAGCUGCAGCCUCUUUAUACGGUUGUUGACAUUACAUCGCCAUGGCAAUGAAGUUGUAAAAUUGGCUAUAACUUUACACAGAAAAGGGCUGGAUAGAAACCUAGAGAAAUGACUGCCUCAGAUGAAGUCCUAUGGAUAUGUUCUACCAGCUUCAACAUCUGUGUCUCUCAAACUUUGUCUCCCUCUAACGGAGAAAAUAUUUAGUGCACCACCGGCCUGCGUGUGUGACCGAAUGAGAGAAAGAAUAAGCAUAUGGACACAACCACAGAAUGCUUAAGCCUUAUUGAGACAAGCAUUACUAAACAGGACUUGAAGAUGGUUACAUAUCUUCUGUAUGUGUUAAAGUGUGCGCACCAGCACAAACGCCUUUGUUUAUGUUUGUGUAUUCACAAGUCGGCCAACCUUUGACCCAGGUAAUCUUUGAACACAUCCCAGAGCUGCUCACUCAGCUCUUUUUGGCGCAUUCGUGUGGAGGACAGAGAUUGUUUAUACUCUGAAAUAAGACGCUAUAAUGUAAUGUGUUAGAUGAAUGUUUUAGGUUGGAUAGAUGUGUAUGUGAGGAAUGCAGUAGGACUUUGUGCAUGUAAAAAUCAUGAUAGAGGAAUUGUGCCUCUGUGUGGCCCUCAUAUGUCAGCGUGCAUGAGUGUGUGUCUCUGAUUGUGUUGAUGUACACAACAGGUUUUGAUAUGUACUUAUGCAUCUAAAGCGUAAUGUGAUUAGCCAUUAAUGUUUAUUUGGAAACAACUUUAGAAUGAAUGUAUGUUAACAUACAAAACUUGUUUCUGGAAGGACGUGUGAGGAAAAAGAGAGUGAGUGGGUGCGUGAUGGGUGCACCUGAAGGGUGAGGACCGUUGUUCAGCAUAAUAAACUC